AUGGGUUUCAGUUCUAUGAUACCUAAGAGGAUUGUCAAAGAGACCCAAAGUUUAGCCACAGAUCCGCCUCCUGGUAUCAGUGCUAAUCCCUUCCCCAAUAACGCCAGGCAUUUUAAGAUCAAAAUUGAAGGUCCAAGGGGGACUCCCUAUGAAACCGGUAUUUACGAUUUGGAAUUGUUCCUUCCCGAACAAUAUCCCAUGGAACCUCCUAAAGUUCGCUUUAAUACCAUGAUUUAUCACCCAAAUAUUGAUAAAUUGGGUAGAAUUUGCCUUGAUAUUUUGAAGGAUAAGUGGAGCCCAGCCCUUCAAAUUCGCACUGUGCUACUUUCCAUCCAAGCAUUGCUCUCAGCACCUGAACCAGACGAUCCAUUGGAUACAUCUGUUGCUGAUCAUUUUAAGAACAACCGGGAAGAGGCUGAUCGCAUGGCAGCUCAGUGGAAUGUGUUGUAUGCUAACGGUACAAACGCCUAUUCUUAA